AAACAUUUACUUUUUUGAUAGCGGCUUUUUGCCGUCAUUACGACAACAUUCAAUGUACUUCCGGGUCAAGGGUUACAAGCAUGGCCGCCCAACUGUUGCAAAAAGAAGUCUCCCAGGCAAGAAAGGAGCUGAAAAAUAUAAGGCAACAGAUAGAGACUCUGAAGCGCGUACAGAAGAAAGAGGUUUUAAAAAUUCAAGAAAUGAUCCGUCCAAAAACCUCUCCCCAGGAAUCCAGACAUUUUGAAGAUGUUGCUAUUGGCAAGCCUUACAUACCAGAGGAUGCAAUUAUGAGUACUCCAAUUGGACAUUUGGAGUCUUGUUUCAAGCAGAAGGCAGGCACUCCGAGACAGCCCACAGUUUGUGACCUGUCAAAGGCCAAACUCACCAUCUCCAGAAAUGUAUUCAAUAACCCAGAGCAUUCACUGGAUGGUAUUGAGAAGUUUUCACACAUAUGGAUUUUAUUUGUUUUCCACAUGAAUGGAGGAGAAGCAGUGAAAGCAAAGGUAAAACCUCCUAGGCUGGAUGGAGUCAAAGUAGGUGUGUUUGCAACAAGAAGUCCGCACAGGCCAAACCCAAUUGGACUAACACUGGCAAAACUGGACAAAGUAGAAGGUGACACAUUACAUUUGUCAGGCAUAGACAUUAUCGAUGGUACACCCAUCCUGGACAUCAAGCCGUACAUCCCUGUCUAUGAUGGAGUAUCAGCUGGUUCAACAGCUUCAUCUGCUGGGCAGAAAGCAAGUAUUGCCUGUGGUAGAGAGAAUGCAGCUGAUAAAGAUAUCUCUGUAGAGGACACAGACUCUGUGAAAACAAACCUGAGCUUUCAUGAGCCACGUCAGAAAAGUCCUUCAGAAGACAACUCAACUGAUGACCAUGGCAAUGAAAACUGGUCCAAAGAGAGCAGUGUGAGUGGAGCUGUUUCUACACCAGAACAGGUCACUGUUGCCAGUUGGGUCACCUCUCCUCCUGUUCAAAAACUUACGGUUAGCUUUACCCCAAAUGCUGAAGCAACACUUCAAAAAUUCCAUUCUGAAGGAAAUGGUUCAGAUGUUUUUAGUCUCACUACAUUCAAGGACAGUGGAGAAGCCAAGAAAGCUAUCUGUGACAUCCUUAGUGCUGACCCAAGGUCCCCCUACUUCAGGAACAAGUGUCAGGACCGUCUGUACUUCUUCAGUGUGGACAGCAUACAUGUGACAUGCUGGUUUGAUGGGAAUACUGCAGAGGUAAUUAGAGUCCAACCAGUGUGUUAUGCUGACUGUUCUACCUCAUUACAAUCGGGUGUCUAAGGCCUCUCACCUGUUACGCCAUAAAACAGAUUCCUUUUGUUAUAGAGGUACCAUGUUACUCAGCAAUUUGCCUGACUGAUAUUCCCUGAUCUGGAUUCAUUGCAGUCAUACAACUUAUUUUAUAUGUAAUCAAGAAAUGCUUUCUUGUUCACACAGACUGGGAAAAAAAAGAAACAAGACAAAAGAUGUACAACA